GGUUGCUGAUAAUGGGCCGCUGUACGCCUAUGUAGAUAUUCCAUAAAAUAUCAUCCGUUUCCAAUAGUCAUUUACAAUAUUAACGAUGUCUACACGGUAUUUCUAAUCGAUUUGAUGUUAUUUUAAUGGACAACAAAAUGUGUUUUUCUUUCAAAAACAAGAACAUUUCUAAGUGACCCCAAACUUUUUGAACGGUAGCUUUGACCACCAAGCCAUGCUCAACAUCACUCUCAGAUACUCUGGCGUGCGCUCCCAGGUGCCAGUGGAGGGAGAGCCUCUGGGUGCGCUGGGGACCCUGGCCAUGGAGUUUGAGUGGCCCCACGAGGUGACCAAUGGGAAGUGGCUUCUCUACCUGACUGAGAUCAUCACCAAAGGAACAACUGAGACACACUGUGUCCCUCCAGGGGACAUUGUCAAUCUGCUCAACCUCACGUUGUCCGAGAACAGGAGCAAGCGUCCCAAACGAGGGGUGGAGGAUGAUCAACCUCAUAUCAUCGAGCCGCAGGCAGCCAUUACUGUGCUGACACGUCGCAAAGAAACCUAUCUACUGGAAUGUUCAAGGUGGACGGCCCACUGUGUGACGUUCACCUGUCCCUUGAUCAACAUGUCUACCUCUGCCAAUAUCAUUGUGGGGUCAAGGGUGUGGAACAGCACUAUGCUAGAGGACUACAACAAUGCUUUGAGGAUCAAGGUUAGAGGUCAGGUCACACUGAAACUGGUGACAGACAUCAAGAUGGAAAGUGAGACCAGAGAGUUCAUAGUGGACAUUGACCCAGUCCUUGAAGAGGAGACACCUUACGAGGUUCCCUUGUGGAUCAUCAUUAUUGCCGCGGUAGCAGGGAUCAUACUGUUAGGAGUCAUCAGUAUCAUACUAUGGAAACUUGGCUUCUUCAAGUGGGCCAUCUACUACCAGAUUAUGCCAAAGUACUAUGGAGUGAAAAACCGUAACGCAGAGCGCUACAAGUUCAACAUUGGCUUCCAGACGGAGGAUGCAGGCAAAAAGCCCUGGAUCACCAACUGGACAGAGAUGCAACGUUACUACUACUGAAACCCUGACCUUUGACCCUGAACUCUCGACUAGUCUCAGGAGUGAGGUGAUGGAAGAACAAAAGGGUUUUUGUGAUGUCACACAACUUUGACUCACUGAUUCUGGAACCUUUCUCCAUUGUGUGCAAGUCUCCGUAGAUUUAAUCAAAAUAUGUUGGUUAUUUUUUGUGCAAUGUGCCAAAUAUGAGUCAGAAAUCACAAUGUUUAAAUUAUUUUUGAUGAAAGGAGUGUUGUACAUUGUGGGUAGGGUGUGUUCAAAAAUCCCAGUUUGGUUGUAAACACACGCUAAUUUGAUCUAAUGCAUAUUUGCAGGAUUAAAAGUUGACAUUUGAAGUUUAAAGACUCUAGAAAUAAAUGGUAGUGCAUUGUUUAGGUGAAAUUUGAAGUUUAAAGACCCUGUUAUUUACAGUUGAUCUUGGUUGGACAGAAAGCACAUUGCAGGAGUAGAGAAAGAAAUGGCAGUGCAUUGUUUAGGUGGCCCUGCUUGCCCUAUCUAUCCUCUGUAUAUCUACUUCUCACUAUGACCGCUAAGCAC